AUGAAGCCACUAUUUUAUACUAGCAUUCUAUUGGCAGCAGCUUCGGCCUUUCCAACUGGUCUGAAAGGUCGACAGGCAAACGGCACCGCACCUGCAGUACCUACAACCACUGUCCGCAUCCGUCUUAACCCAGCAAAAAUACGCGACACUGGCGAUACCGAUUACACCACAUGGACCGUAGCCGAAGGCGCAACCUCGAGACUUACAACCAACGAUACCGGUCUGUCGUUCACACUGUCCGCUGCAACUGGUAAACUUAGCGGGAAUUGGAACAAGGCUGUGUAUUCUAGGAUCAUCCCAUCUCUGGGAGAGCGAGUUAUUGGCGAAGGCAUCUCGACGAUAGCUGACAGUGGAGAUAAUGUAGGAGGGGUCGCCAUCAACUUGAGCAUCUCCGGGUUACCCACUGGCAAACAUUCCAUCCUGGCAUGGCACAACGGGUGGGAUGCGUUGACGUCCGCAGCUUCAAUAUCUGUGACUGUCAAUGGCAAAGAAGCAGCCGCAAAUGUCCAACAAACAAUUCGCGUUGACAAUAUCUGGGAAGCUGCCUCGUCCUACAUAUCAUUCACUGCCACCCAAGGGGAAGCAGUUGAGAUAGUGUACACCCCUGACAAAGCCGGAGAUGGUCGAGCCUUCUUGAACGGAUUCGAGAUCGACAGUCCUUCGCUCGAGAACCAGAUCAGCUUUCCUGCCCCAGUGCACCGAGACGAAAGAAUCGUCCCGAUCGAAAACAGCACCGACGUCUCUGCAUCCUGGAGAGCCGCCAAAGUUGAUGGCGCUGCGUACAAUGUCUAUCUCGGUACCUCGCCCACGGUGCUCAAGAGCGUAGCAACAGGAUUGAAAGAGCCAAGCACAGUAUUGAACGACGUUAACGCUCAAGCGACCUACUACUGGCGCAUUGAUGUUGUAUCUGGGAAUGGAACAUACGCUGGUCGGAUCUUUACCUUUCGUGUUGCCCAGCUUGCGUUCCCUGAUGCCGAAGGCUACGGUCGCUUUGCGCGUGGCGGAAGAGGCGGGAAGGUCCUCCAUGUUACUACCCUGGAAGACAGCUCAGAGGAGGGGACACUUCGCCAUGCCUUGACUGUCGCUACUGGGCCUCGCAUCAUUGUCUUUGACGUGGGAGGUGUCAUUACAACGAAGUCCCGCAUCUCGGUCAGCGGACAGUACGUCACCCUUGCUGGUCAGACGGCGCCUGGAAAGGGUGUGGUCAUCCAAGGCUUCCCUCUUGGACUCACUGGUGCGACUGAUACGAUCAUGCGUCACAUUCGUGUACGUCCAGGUACAGUCAGCAACCAGACGAUUGACGGAAUGGGAAUGCAAGGUUCUAACUUUGCCAUAUUCGACCGUUGCAGCAUGGGCUGGACAAUCGACGAGGCCUUCUCCUCUCGCUCGGCGAGCAACAUCACCUUCCAGCGUAACAUGAUCAGCGAACCCCUCAAUGUUGCAGGACACAAGAAUUACCCUGCAGGUACUGCUCACGGCUUUGCAGCCUCCAUCGGUGGCGAGGUUGGGUCGUUCCAUCACAAUCUCAUCGCCCACGCCGAGGGACGCAGUUGGAGUAUGGCCGGUGGUGUAGACAGCAACGCAGCUUUCUCUGGCAAGCUCGACAUCCGCAACAACGUCGUGUACAACUUCGGCACUCGCGUG